UUAAAUAUACUCUGAAAUGAGAUAUACCCAGCGUAUCUGUGAGUUGAAUACCUUUAACAUCUAAACCUGUUUAUCGUUCGUUGAUAAUCCAAAAUUUGUUCAUGGAUUUCAAAUCCAGGUUACCUUUAAGUGUCCAGAUUGAUUCAUGUUUAGCACUCGUUAAGCACGUUUGGCAAAAUGAAGCCAAAGAUCAAAAUUUUGCAUUUUCUCCAUUUUCAAUUUAUGUCGCUCUUGGUUUAUUAACUUCUGGAUCAAAAGGUGCACCCUUAAAACAGUUGCUGGCAUUCCUCAAGUGUGAUAGCCUUGAUCAUCUUACUUCAGUUAGUUCUCAACUGAUUGCUUCUUUAGAUCAUGCCCGUAUUGGCACCGGAAGUGAUGGAGGACCCAAAAUAUUGACUGUCAAUGGUGUUUGGGUGGAGAAAACUUGGCCUCUAGAACCUUCUUUCAAGGAUAUUGCUAGUUCAGUCUAUAGAUCUGGAGCUGAGUCUGUGGAUUUCAUAAACAAGGCCGAAGAAUUUACGGACAUGGUGAAUAAAUGGAUUGAAAAGGAAACAAAUGGACUCAUUCAAAAUCUCAUCCCUAGUGAUGCGAUCACAGAAGAGACAGUUCUUGUACUUGUAAAUGGACUCUAUUUCAAAGGAUCUUGGAAGCAAAAAUUUGAUCCAUCAAAAACAAUCGACUCAAACUUUUAUCUCGGCGAUGAAACCUCGUCACCGGUUACAGUCCCUUUCAUGAUGGACAACAACGAAAAUCAUUUUGUUUCUUGUUAUGUCGGAUUCAAAGUACUUCAACUCCCAUAUGAACAAUUCAGUUCUAUCAAUGUAAGUAAUCAAGGAGACAACUAUGCUAUGUACAUAUUUUUACCUGACAGACGAGAUGGGCUAGGGAAUUUAAUUGAGCAAGUUAGUUCGGAACCAGGUUUCUUAGACCGUCAUCUCCCAACUAGACGUGUCAAAGUGAGACAACUAAAAAUUCCUAAAUUUAAGUUAUCAUUUGGAUUCGACGCUUCUAGAGUUCUUAAAGAAAACAUGCAUCUAGAUUUGAUUUUUGAUUCUCGUCGAGCAGAGCUGACUGAGAUGGUGAUGCGCGUAAAAGUCGGAUCCAGCAAAUUUAACCUUGCUGUUUCAGGAAUUUAUCACAAGUGCUUUGUUGAGAUUGACGAAGAAGGAACUGAAGCUGCUGCGGCAACUGCCGUUGUUCGUGUGAAAACGUCAUUACCCGCUCCGGUAGACUUCAUUGCUGAUCAUCCAUUCCUGUUUAUUAUCAGAGACAAUGUUAAUGGGGUGGUUUUCUUCAUGGGUCAUCUUCUUAAUCCCCUGUUGGCUUGACUUCCUUAUUUUAAGCUAGAUCAACAUGUUCAUUAUCUUGAAGAUGUUGGUGUAUUUCUUGGAUUUCAUGUUGCUUUCCUUUCUUGUUGUUCUCUUGUGCCUUCUUGACACUUUUGUUUGAAAAAAAGCACACAUUAUUUUACAUAUAGAUAACAUUUGUACACCAUAACCUAGUCUAGUGACCAGCCGUGGAGGUGGAGUACUGUGCCACCAUUCACUUACAAGUUACAACACAAUUUAUUCUUGCUAUUGCAUGCACACAUUUUCACCCGACAGACAGAUAAUCUAACUGCGCAAGCAAUUGAUUUGGAUUCCAGUUGCCAAAUGAGACAACU